AUGAACAUUGCGGGUGUCAUCAUCCAGUUCCUCUUCCCUUGCUCUCCACCUUGGUAUGAAAACCUUUACGGUCUUGCGCCAGCCCACUACGGCAUGCCAGGAGACCCUGGUGGUCUAGCACGCAUCGAUGCCCUGUUCGGCAUUGAUCUCUACACCUCUGGCUUCUCUGCCGCACCAGUUCCCUUUGGCGCCUUUCCAUCCCUCCAUGCCGGUCAUGCCACCUUUGAAGCUCUCUUCAUGAGCCAUGCAUUCCCAAAACUAAAGCCUGUCUUCAUCACCUACGUCGUCUGGCUCUGGUGGUCAACGAUGUACCUUUCCCACCACUACGCUGUCGACCUUAUUGGCGGCGGUCUCCUUGCUGCCGUUACAUUCUACUACGUCAAGUCCCGCUUCCUCCCACGCGUGCAAGCCGACAAGUUCACUCGCUGGGACUACGACUAUGUCGAAAUCGGCAGUGCCGAUAUGAGCAUGCCUGGCUCGUACGGCUAUGACAUUGCUGAUGGCCUGCAGAUGGACAGUGAUGAGUGGACAGUCGGAUCCAGCUCAUCCAUUUCAUCCGGUUCAUUAAGCCCAGUCGACGAACAAUCGGCAUGGGGCGGCGAGGCAGACGGCAUUCCUAAACGCUCUUCAGACCUCGAGACCGGCCUCGGUAUCUCGAGAUGA